GGGCCCUGGGCUCGGGAGGCGCUGCUAGGGGCCCUAGCGAGGCAAGGGGUGUCCCCGGGAGAUGUAACUUUGGUGGUGGGGACCCACGGGCACUCGGACCACAUCGGGAACUUAGGUUUGUUUCCGGGCGCGGCAUUGCUUGUCUCGCACGACUUCUGCCUCCCUGGGGGUCUCUACCUGCCCCACGCGCUGGAUGAGGAACGGCCUUUGCAGCUGGGGCCCGGGCUCGAAGUGUGGGCCACACCGGGCCACGGGGGCCAGCGGGACGUGAGCGUGGUAGUAGCGGGCACGACUCGGGGCACCGUGGUGAUAGCGGGCGAUGUGUUUGAGCGCGAUGGGGAUGAGGAUUCGUGGCAGGCGCUGAGUGAAGACCCGGUGGCCCAGGAGCGGAGCAGGAAGAGAGUCCUAGACACCGCCGACAUAGUUGUGCCUGGUCACGGAGCCCCUUUUCUGGUGUUAAGGGAAGUCGCGCAGCUGGCAGCAGCCAGUGAUCCGAGACAAGGACUGAUAGGCCCCGAGAGGGACUGAACUCUACCUCAAGGAAGCCCUUCCUUCCAGCGAGGAGCGAGACGACGGGGACCCAAUCGGCCUGAAUCAGAGCAGUCAAGGGUGGUCGCUUCCAGUCCUUCCAGGAGGCCAGAUUUCUACCGAGGACACAAACUUCUUGCCUCUGCAGUUGCCAGUAUCACUCUCUUGCCUGUCUCUAUAACCAAACGAGGGCCAAGGACUGGCUCAGCUCUUGUACAUCCUCCCUGGGCCUCAGCAAAAUAGGAGAAAGUUCUUAUGGGAGUCCUCCAAAAUAAAAGUAGAAACUGCACUGAAAAUCAUGUUGCUCUAAUGAAAACAUGAAGCACUGAUAGUAAUAAUUGUGCAAAUAUGGUAACUGAGUUGCAUUGGGAAGCACUGCCAGAUUGCUUAUUCCUCAUAGGGUGCAGCUUUGCUGAAAAAAGGUACAGGGCAUAGAGGUGACCCCUUAGUCAUCAGACUUUAAUUCAUUCCCUCAGUGGGUGCUUAAUAUCGGCAAUGUCUCAGGCAUUGCCUGAGGUUAUAGGAUACAACAGGUUUAAACUUGACAAACUUCCUGUCCCCAUAUUAUCUUUUGAGCAAGUAAACAGCAAUAAUAAUAAUAACAAACCAAUUAAUUACAGGUUGUGGUAAAUAAUGUUAAAAAGGAGGUUAAGGGCAGAAUAGGAUGCUGGAACUAGAGAGUUGGCUCUUAUUUAAGGUGGUUGAGAAAGGCCUCUGUGAGGAUUUAGUGUUUGAUCCGAGACUAAAUGAGAAGCCAUGUGAGGAUCUGGGAGAAGGGUAGAACAGGCAGGUGUCAAGGCCCUAAUGCAGGACAGCUUA